AUGGAGUACACUGGCCCCUACGCCAAGGAGCUGGAAAUCGCCUGUUUAACGGUUCAGCGAGCCGCAAUUCUGACCAAGAAACUUAUCCAGGCUGUUGACAAGGGUUCUUUCGAUAAACAAGAUGACACCCCUGUCACUAUAUCCGAUUUUGGGGCGCAAAGCCUGAUCAUCGCUGCAAUUCAUCGUCAUUUUCCUGAUGAUGAUAUCGUUGGCGAGGAAGACUCAAAGACUCUCCGUGCCGAGCCGGAACUGCUCGAACGCACCUGGGACCUUGUCUCGUCUACUCGACUUGAGGAUGAUGAGAGUGAGAAACUCCUCUCGGCACCGAGCUCGAAGGACGAGAUGCUUCACCUGAUUGAUCUAGGUGCGCAGGGGAGCUGCAAGCCCAAAGGCCGGACGUGGGUCCUUGACCCGGUCGACGGAACCGCAACCUUUAUGCGUGGUCAGCAGUAUGCCGUGUGCCUGGGCCUUGUGGAGGACGGGAAGCAGAUCAUUGGGGUUACGGGGUGUCCGAACCUCAACCUCGAGUUUGGCGGUAUCCAGGAGGACCUUGCGGACGUGGCAGGGCGCGGGUUGAUGGUGUUCGCUGUCGCCGGUGAAGGCGCGUGGACAAGGCCGAUGGGAGGCGGGUCCCUCGUGCCUGCGACAAAGAUUCAGCCGGUCGAGCAGAUUACGGACCCUAAAGAUAUUCGGUUUGUCGACUGCAAGUCGGCUACCUCGUCGAACUAUGAACUUAAUGAGCGCCUUGCCGCCAGCUUAGGAGCUCCAUGGCCGCCGGCGGCGGAUCUGUGGUCUGCGCAGUUGCGAUAUAUCGCCAUCGCCGUGGGUGGAUGCAAUGUACUUAUCAAGAUCCCGCGCAAGGCCUCCUAUCGCUCCAAAGUCUGGGAUCACGUCGGAGGAAUGUUGAUUGUGGAGGAGCUGGGGUUGACGGUAAGCGACUUGGAGGGCAAGCCUGUUGACCUGACGCUGGGGAGAACACUGUCAGGAUGUGAAGGCAUGAUCAUCGCGCCCACCUCCAUCCACGGCCGGCUCGUGGAGGCUGUGAAACAGAUAAAGUGA